AAGAGUGAUGUGAGCAAAAGCAGUGUCCACUCUGUUUUUUAUAAAACCACUUCCUCCUUCCAUUCCAAUUUCUCCACCCGUUGACAUAACAACAAAUAACCCAUUAUUUCUCUCUGAAUUUAACUUACAUAUUCUCUCCGGCGAUGCAAGGCCUCCGACGCUGCUCCAACGACCUCCUCCACCUCGACUUAUCUCCCCCACCCUCUACCACUCCCUCCCCUGCCUCUCUCUCCAUCGACGUCGCCGAAUCCGCCCACACCCGUAUUCGCCGCCUCAUCUCCGAACAUCCCGUCAUCAUUUUCAGCCGUACUUCUUGCUGCAUGUGCCACGUCAUGAAGAAACUCCUCGCCACCAUCGGCGUUCACCCCACCGUCAUCGAAUUAGAAGACGACGAGAUCCACGCUCUCGCUUCUUUCUCCUCCACCACCACCGCUACUCCCGCCGUCUUCAUCGGUGGCGCCUUCCUCGGCGGGCUUGAAUCCCUCGUCGCUCUCCACCUCAGCGGUCAUCUCGUUCCUAAGCUCGUCGAAGUAGGCGCUCUCUGGGUAUGAUCAUAGUUGAAAUUACUCAAUUGCCCUUCAUUUCUAAAUUUAUCCUUGUAAUUUUAAAAAGAAAAAAUCCCUCUUAAUUAGAGGGAUGGAGAGAACAAAAAAGAAAUAAUGGAGUUAUCUAAGCUUGGUUUGGUGAAACUAAUAAUUAAGAAGAAGAAGAAGAAGAUGAAGAGGAAAAAAAAAAAAAAAAAGAAAUCUAGAUGAUGCCGGGAAAAAGUCCGGUGGGGUGGCGGCGAGUAGGGGUUUUAGAGGGUACUCGCGGGGAAAGGUAUGAGACGUGGUCGGAUGAGGAUGAAUGAAGUGAAAGGAGUGGGUGACUGAGUGGGUCCCUUAUUAAUUAUUAAGUAAUCACAACCGUUGAAUGUGUAGACUUUUGUAAUCUAUUAUUAUUCUAUUCUAUUCUAUUCCUUUCUUCUA